AUGGCCGCGCAGUCUCCUUCUGUCUAUUCUUCUCCGGGAGUAGACCGUCAACAAUCUUUGCCGUAUCCCGGAACCCUCGCGACUCCAGAGGCAGUCAUGUUAUCCCGCGCCAGGAACUUUCUAGUGAAAUUUGGCCAAUUUCCUGUUGAUCAAGAUUUCAGGCCCGAACUAAUACAGAGAAUAUCAUCCAUGAUGACAGAACUUGAUGCUCAACAAUCGCUACAGCAGGAAAUUCAGAAACAGCAGGCAGAGAAUGCGGCUUUACGCAAAGAAAAUGCUAAUUUUCGAGCAUAUUUUGCUCCAAGGUUGCCAAUGAGUGAGCCUAUCAUCAAUGCUUCAACAAGCAACACUCCUUCGAUUUUCCAAGGACCGUCGUCUGAUACGAGCGGGAAGUCUUGGGACCGGAUUGUGAUGGACUUGAUUUGA